UUUUUUUUUUUUGUAACGAACUUAAAUCUUUACAAUCAUUUUGAUAUAUUUUAUAUUAAUAUCAUCUAUUAGCAAGUUAACAACAUGUCUGUACAAUUGAAUCCCAAUGAAAUCUUGACUUUUAGACGACCUUUGACUCGUACAUCAAAAGAAGUAUUGACAAUCAAUAAUCCUACAGAUCAAGAUGUGGCUUUCAAAGUAAAAACCACUGCUCCUAAAUUGUAUUGUGUUCGACCUAAUUCUGGCUUGGUUCCUGCUGGUGAAGCUUUGGAAGUACAAGUGAUGCUUCAACCAUUCAAAGAAGAACCUCCUAUGGACCAAAAAUGCAAAGACAAAUUCCUUGUACAAACUGUUGCUCUUGUUGGGGAAUUAAAAUCAUUACCAGUAUCUGAUAUCUGGCCUCAUGUAGAAGCCAAUGCAAAAAAUUUAAUCCAACAAGUGAAACUCAGGUGCUCCUAUGUCAAUGGUGAUGGACAAGAAAUCUCAUCGACAAUCAAUCAUAGUGUUAGUGAUUCUACUUUGGCUUCUACUAAGGAAACAGAAAUCGAUACAAAGGAAACAGAUGAACUUACGAAAUUACGCUUGGAACUGGAUGCCUAUAAGAAUGAAUUGGAAGCUCUUCGGUCUCGUGCUCCUGAUACUUUGGUGGAAUCUUCUGUGUCUAAACAAAAUGGUAUUCCUUUGCCUGUGGUUGUUCUUGUGGCUCUGGUUGCUAUCUUCUUGUCCUAUCUUGUUUUCCGGCAAUAGUGUAGAUGAUUACAAAUUUAGUUUUUAUUAUUAUCCCCUGUUAUGUUAGUAUGAUUCCAUUUUAUGAGGUAGGUAUAUUAGUUUUAGUAUAUUAGUUUUUUAGUGUCGUUAUAUCACCUAGUUAGCAUAGUUUUUAGAUAUAGUUAUUUGUUUAUGUCAACUUGAGAAUCGAUUGUUAAAUAAAAAUGCCCCCAGAUAGUAUCGGAUAGCCUAUUUGAUUAUAGUUCUAUGCUCAAAACGAAAAAAAAAAAAAUAAUCAUUAUCUUUUAUAUGUAUAUAUAUAUAUAUA